CAACGGAGAGAGUAGUAAACGCUGGCCGUCAGAAGAGUUCGGUCUCAUACAGAUUGAGUUCGCUGUAGUCAUGCAGGCACACGAGCUGUUGAAGCAGCUGCGAAUCCCUGAGCUGUCUGAGGUGAGGGACUAUUUCCGCAGUCUCUCCACAAACACCCUCCUCGGCAUGGGCGCGUUCACAGCAGUCACGGCGUACUGGUUCGCCACCAGACCCAAAGCCCUCAAACCGCCCUGUGACCUGCGCAUGCAGUCAGUAGAGCUGCCGGGUGGAGAAUUUGCUCGUCGAGGAGUGGUUUUAAAUGGAGGCCCACUCUUGAGCCAUUUCUACGAGGAUGCCAAGACCAUUUACGAGUGCUUUCACAGGGGUCUGAGGGAGUCAAAAAACGGUCCCUGUCUGGGAUCCAGAAAACCAAAGCAGCCGUAUGAAUGGCUUUCAUACUCAGAGGUUUCCCUUCCUUUACAGAAUAUCGGCAAGGCUCAUCGACAGCAUCCUGUGCCCCCUCAGCCUGAUGACUUGGCUAUUAUUUGUUUUACAAGUGGAACCACAGGAAACCCUAAAGGAGCGAUGCUCACCCACAGAAACAUAGUGUCUAAUUCUUCUGCCUUCAUCUACGUCACAAAGUCCUCUUGCCCCAUUGGUCCUCAGGACGUGCACAUCUCCUACCUGCCCCUGGCACACAUGUUUGAGAGAGUCGUACAGGGUUUGAUUCUGGUGCACGGCGCGCGUAUCGGAUACUUCCAGGGUGACAUUCGAAUUCUGAUGGAUGACCUCACGACCCUGAAGCCCACCGUAUUUCCUGUGGUUCCUCGUCUGCUGAACCGCAUGUUUGACAAGAUCUACGGACAGGCCAACAGUUCCCUGAAGAGACACAUCCUGGAGUUUGCGUUCAGGAGGAAAGAGAACGAGAUGAAGAGCGGGAUCAUGAGGAGGGACAGUGUUUGGGACAAGAUCAUCUUCAAGAAAGUCCAGGCCAGUGUUGGAGGUCACGUUCGAAUGAUGUUGACUGGAGCGGCACCCAUUUCAGCACCUGUUCUCACCUUCCUGCGAGCUGCAUUGGGCUGCCAGUUUUACGAAGGAUAUGGUCAGACUGAAUGCACCGCCGGCAGCACAACUACACUACCAGGAGACUGGACUGCUGGUCAUGUUGGAGCUCCUCUGUCCUGUAAUGACAUCAAACUAGUGGAUGUGGCAGAGAUGAACUAUUAUGCCGCUAAAGGCGAGGGAGAGGUGUGUGUGAGGGGUCCCAAUGUUUUUAAGGGGUAUCUGAAAGACCCUGAGAAGACGAAGGAAGCUCUUGAUGAAGAUGGUUGGGUUCACACUGGAGACAUUGGCAAGUGGUUGCCGAAUGGCACUCUAAAGAUUGUGGACCGUAAGAAGCACAUUUUUAAGCUGGCUCAGGGUGAAUACAUCGCUCCAGAGAAGAUCGAGAACAUUUACAUCAGGAGUGAAGCUGUGGCGCAGACUUUCGUACAUGGAGACAGUCUGCAGGCCUGUCUGGUAGCCAUCAUUGUGCCUGAUCCAGACUUUCUGCCCGGCUGGGCCAAGAAGAGAGGCAUAGAGGGCUCAUAUGAAGAGCUGUGCAAAAAUAAGGAGGUGAAGAAAGCCAUUCUGGAGGAUAUUGUCAAACUGGGUAAAGAAAGUGGCCUGAAGUCUUUUGAACAGGUGAAGGACAUUGCUCUUCACACCGAGAUGUUCUCCAUCCAAAACGGCCUCCUGACGCCCACCCUGAAAGCCAAGCGCGCUGAUCUCAGGAACCACUUCAGGAAGCUGAUCGAUGAGCUUUACUCCAACAUCAAAAUGUAAACCAGAGGAAGAGCCUCAGAUAUUACAGAGUAACAGAGCUGACAUGGGUCCCAUGACUGAAUAGAGCUGGUCCAAAAUAAGAAACUUGACAGAGCUUGUUGUCAACUGACAUAGCAUCAGUUUUAUGUGCCUUUCAGAAUAAGAUUAUGUACUGUAGAUCAGCUGUUACUCGAAGCUUCAUCACUCAGCUUCAGCUUUAAAGAUUCCACCUCAGGAAAUCGUCCCUACAUUUUGACACCAUCAUUUUUACCUUUAACUAUUUUAAGAGAAAGGGAAGAGAAAUCCAAGAGCAAAAACAAACCUAAUGCUGUUAUUGAAGACAUAAUAAUGUUCCUCUUUAAUUUAAGCGUAAUUUUUUUUUCUAAUGAGAUUAUGUAGAUUAGGUGAUGAUGCUUAAAUUUGCUGACAAUUUAUUCAUCCUCACUCCCAAGUUG